AUGGAAAAAGAAAAACUAAAUAGAUCGAAGCGUGCCGUCAAAGGCACCAUAACAAAGUUAGAAACAUACAUUGAUCAAACGAAGGAACGUAAUCCAACUGAAUUAGAAGUGAAGCUUAAGCGUGUUGAACAAUUAUAUAAAAAAAUUGAUGAAUUGAAGGAUCAAUAUUAUGGUCUAAAAGAUAUCAGUGACUCUGAGAUAACUGAAGAAGAAACUGAUUUAGAAGGAACAGUCGACAGACUAGAAGCUUUGGAGGUAAGAAUUAAAGAUAUUCUUAACUCUUUGAUAAUUAAACCAUCAAUAAUUAAUUGUAAAAAUGAAAUACCUCAGGCUGAUUCGAAAACAAAACUAGAAAUUAAACUACCUGAGAUACCACUACCGGUAUUUCACAGUAAAUUUGAUGAAUGGCCCAAUUUUAAAUCACAAUUCGAUAACAUUAUAACUAAAAACAAUGAUUUAAAUGACUUCCAAAAACUGCAUUAUUUGAAAGGGUCAUUGCUGGGCGACGCUAAACGUCUUGAAACUGUUGACGAUUCUUUUGAGUCACUUUUAAAAGCAGUAGAAAAUAGAUUUGAGAAUAAACGUCUUCUCACUGAGACUUACGUAAAUCAAAUUCUUGAAAUUGAGAAACUUGCAAAUGAAUCAGCUGGGGAUAUUCGAAACAUGGUAGAUAUUUUAAAGAAAAAUAUCAGAUCUUUAAAGCUUCUAAAUUUUGAUCGUAAUAAUUUAUCUGACAUACUUUUGCUCAACAUCAUUUUGAAAAAGCAUAUGCAAAUAGUUGUAGAACCUCUUGAUAAAACCGCUUCAUAUUUUUUACCUCAUCAUGGUGUACUUCGCCCAGAUAGUAAAACCAUAAAGUUGAGAGUGGUAUUUAACGCUUCCUCCAAAACAACAUCGGGUCUUUCUUUAAAUGAUAUUUUGUACAAGGACGGUACUAUACAACAAGAUUUAUUUUCAAUACUUUUGCGAUUCAGGCAACAUGCUUAUGUGUUCACUACUGACAUUUCUAAAAUGUAUAGGCAAAUUUUGAUUCAUCCUGAUCAUCGGAGUUUACAGUUGAUAUUAUGGAAGAAUAGCGUGAAUGACCUAUUGCAAAUCUUCAAACUUAACACUGUUACAUACGGAACUUCUUGUGCACCCUACUGA